CUACAUUGGCCCUCAUUGAAAGUUUUCACUCGUUAUGUGCACUGCAGAAUACGAGCUGGCUCGUAUCUAGUACCAAUCAUCCAGACGCUUGAUUCACCAAACCCCUGCCUGACUUCGAACCUUGUAGUGGCGCAAACAUAGCCUCACAAGUAAUCAAGGCUCAGCCCUCGAGCAUACCUACUCGACGUUCACACGACCAACCCACAGUUGAGAUUAUCUCUACAACGUAUGCAGAGGGCUCCUAUCAUCGAGUAAAGUACGUCACUACCUCUUCAGUCACCCACGCGUGCUCUGCCGGUCGCAUUCGAGGUGCGACGUCACGAGAUCACCCUGAGCCACAGCGGCUGUCAUUUUCUAUUGUCUUUAGGACCCAGAUUGACGGCGCAUCCAUCGUACUUUGACAGGCACGCUUUCCAGCUCGUCUCCAGCCGCUGUUUCGUUGUUCUGGUUUUCUGCAUGCCGAUCUCACUCUAAGUCCGAUCCCUCUAGGAGAACGAGCACUUGAGGAUCUUGCCCACAAAUUCAUAUGACGGCAAGCUGGUGGUGGCGCCAGCAUCCAAAUGGAACUCGAUGGACCAAGUGAUCCUUCUGCCACAAGGCACAAGAAACUGAUUGUUUCCUGCCAAAGAUGUCGAGACGGGCGCUUAAAGUGCGAUAAGGGCCAGCCAGCAUGUUCAAAUUGUCUUAAAGCGGGGUUUACUUGCAAUCCCGCCCAAAUCCUCCCGCGAAAGCGUAUUAGAACCGCGCAAACAUCCAAUAAAAGCGAAAACGUGCUUUCUGGACAAUCACUUUGGACGGACGAGGAAGAUGGCUUGAUAAUCGAAUUGAGAGGCCAAGGAUACAGAUGGGAUUUGAUCGCAGAGCACUUGCCUGGAAAGAGCGUUGAUGAUUGUCGCAUCCGCUAUCAGAAUCAUCAUCGCCCGCUCGGACCUGGCUUUGAGUCCCCUAGCUAUCCAACCCGAAGUAAUGAGUCACCAUCCUCUGAAACGAUGGGGCUUUUUCAUUGUGAAGAACCUCCAAAUCGUCCACCAUCUCGAACAUCUUCAUGCGCUUCGUACGGCAGUGCCAACAGUGGCGCCUCGCAUCCUCCUCGCAUGAGUAACCACCGACCCAAAAAGAUUGUUGGCGUAUCUUACAAUAGUCUGGCCUCGGGAUUCCAUUCGACUGCACAAGGAAACUCAAAAUCCCGCACGGAAUCCUGGGCAGAGUCAUCCUCGAAAGCCACACCUCGAGCGCCAGAGACAAAUGUUUUUGGCGAGCCUUGGUUCGCUGAUCCUAGUCUACAGAAUCGCAGUGAUCACGUAGAGGCUCCAUACUUCGGCGCCCAUGAGCGUCGUCAUUCAAUCAAGAAACCUACAUCGUUCAUGGCUGUCUCUGUGACCAAGCAAUUCCUCGCUACAUCAUCGGCGUCUAAACCGGCAGUAGAAGCUGAGAGUAAGGCCAGUACGCAGGAAAAGACUUCAUCAUCAUACUCCAAGCCACGUCUUAUAGCAAAGGCGCCAGAACGAACAACGACAAGCCCGUGGCUAGACACCAGCGAGGCCUCGAGUCACCAUCCUCCUCCACUAAAGCAUUUCACAGAUGAGAAUCUAAUAAAACUAUAUGAAGCAGCAAUCGCAGGUGACAAAAACAGUAAAAAAGCUACUUGGGCAGAGAUAGAAGACGAUGACGACGACUGGGCCCCUGAUAUUUUACAAUGGAUGGAUGGGACAGCGACGGCCAAAUUUAGUUCUUCUACGGACAACCCAAAACCUCCUCAUGAUGAACAUCUAUAAGUAUAUGGUUUAUUCAUAUACCUCCCCCUCAAAUCGCCAUCGACGAGAGAUUUGUCCUGUGUCAUGAUUUUUCAGGGCAACGGUAAAUAAAGCCUGCCAAAACGCCAAAACGAGCAAGAUCCUUUGAUUCCGGGGAAACCAACGGAACCUAUCCUUUGCUCAACCCGUCUAACAGAACCCAACGAAGGAAAGAUCGGUCGUGUUGUGAUCCGAUCACCAACAUGCCCCCUCAGUACCGCGCGUCCUCUUCC